AUGGGUUCAUGUAGUUCAAAGAAGUAGAAAAGAAUAAUCUUAGAUAAACAACAUUUAUAGACAACUUCUAAUAGCGUAACUCCAAUCAAACCAAAAAAAAUGGCUUUAAAUUUACAAAAAAUCUAAUUAGACGAUUAGGAGAGUUAAAAAAAGUAAGAAUUUAAAGAAGAAUACAAACCCUCUCCUCCACCAAAACUUUAUUUUGAUGGAAAUUAACUGAAUCCUUAGAAAGAAAGUAUUUUUGGGAGACCAAAAGUUUAGAGUAUAAGACUGAACUAAUCAAACCAAAACAAUUAAAAAGAAGAAGUCUUUUUUGGAAGAAAGGUCCGUUAUUCCCACUCUAAUUUGUAAAAAUGAAGUAAUAAUGUAACAUCUGAA